AUGUGCUAUUAUAUUUCGAUUCUCAUCUACUGGGGAGCAGACUGUCGUACUGUUGGAACCGGACCGGUACUUAUGUAUUGCACGAAAACCAUCCGCUCGUACUUCCGUUGCAGACACCCCUUCUUCUCAUCGAUUAACUCAUCUCAGAUCUUCUUCCUUUCCCUCCUCAUAGCGGGAGAAUGCAUGUUUAUUCCGAGCGCGUGGCCAAGAGUCUCAACUUUUCAUCGGCUCUUCAUACCAGCCCUCGCGCUUCUUCCAUACGUCUUUCUGUACGCUAGCGUUGUCACCAAGUCGUACAUCACUCACGAAAACCACGAGGAUGAGAUGGCACGGUAUCCAUAUGAUCGAGUGAUUUUCAAUCCAGGUCAUCGUUGCCGUACGUGUGAUUUUCUGAAGCCGGCGCGAAGUAAGCACUGCAGUUUCUGUAAAGCCUGUGUUUCGCGGCACGAUCAUCACUGUGUAUGGCUGACCAACUGCGUUGGUCGGAACAACUACCAUUACUUCUUAUCUUUGUUACUAUCCUUAUCGCUGAUGUUGGCAUACGGGUCAUGGCUUGGUUUCUCUCUUGUGUCGCAAACACUAGAGGGACUCAUACCAUCGAGCUCACCGUUGCGAUCGAAAUCACAAGAUUGGACAACCUGGCUCAAUGUCUGGGCAAUAGCUAUUGCUUCUGAUAUUCGUGUUGGUGCCGUCGCCAUGCUAACAGCAAUGACAGCGCCAUUGGCCAUGGCCUUUCUACUGUAUCACACCUACCUCAUCUGGGCUGGCAUGACAACAAACGAGAGCGCAAAAUGGUCAGACUGGAAAGAAGAUGUUGCAGAUGGCCUGGUAUUCAAGUCCACCAGAAGCGAGAUUUAUGGGAAUCAAUCCCACUCUGAUGAGGACACUCCGGCUCAAAGAACCUGGCCAGUGAGCAGUAAUCAGAUCCUAGUAAUCACGGACGGCGAGCCCCCCAAGGAGGGCUUCCAGCUCUGCUCACGGUCGAAUGAAAUUCUUCAGAAGGAUGAUCCGCAGGCGCCAGUUGACACAAGAUGGACUGAAGUGAACAGUAUGCGGGAGAUUGACAAUAUAUAUGACUUGGGAUUUUGGGACAAUCUACGGGAAGUUUUCCAUAUGCCUAUUAGACGCUGCGUACGAUGA